AUGGAAGAGAUGGGAGAGAAGAUGGGUAUGCAUGGAGUGAAGAUGGAUGAGAGAUUGUGUGGAGACUUGGGAAGCUCUCAAAAGAUUUCAGUUAGAUCUCAAAUGGAGGAUGAGGAGAUGAGUAUGGAUGAUCGACCGAGUCCGAAAUAUGAAAAUGUCGAAGAAGGAGGGGCGAAUAAUCAAUCUUCUCUGCAACCGACAUGCAAGCGCUUCAAAGCCGAUUCACCAGGCGAGGCUCGGAAAAGAUUCAACCCAGACAACAACUCGCAAGCUGUGCAGGGAGUACCCAUUGGUCAUCCUCAUUACUAUGCACUACAGGUGAAAAACCACGCAAAUCCGACGGUAGUCCGUUGUGAGGUUCACCAUGGAUUAACUGGCGGAAUCUAUGUUCACGAGAAAGGCGUCUGGAUCAAGACCGAUUCGCAUCCGAUUUUACGACGAAAUAAAAUCUACGAUGGUCGCGACGGUGGUGUCUGCAUUUUCAACAAAGUUCGCGACAACGACACCGUUUACGAUUCGGCUACGCCGACCGAAACGGAUACACAA